AUGUGCGAGUUUUCUUCUGGUGAUUCCAGUCCUUGUGAUGAUGAUCAAUAUUAAGCUAAAAUAGAAUUCAUAGGUACAAAAUUAUCAAUUCGUGAUAUUUGUAAUUCUGUUCUUAAUUCUAAUUGCUAUGAAAUUCGAAUUUUAGAACCCACAAAAACAGGAAAAUACGAGAAAAUCCCUUUGGAGUGGCAAGACUAAAAAGAUAUAAUUCUCUUUUAUUAUGAUUCUUCACUUGAAGCAUGUCAAGAUAAGCAUUCUAUUAAAAAGUAUUUAAAGGAAAAAUUCAAAGAUUAUCAUUUUAUUAAUUUUGAAGAGGUCUAAAAAGUAUAUUUGGCAGGAGAAUAGGCAUAUGUUAUAAGAAUAAAUGAAGUUAAAUCAGCCUAAUUUUUUUAUUAUAAUAUGAAUAAAAAUUAACCAAAACACAAGAAAUAUCUUGGUGAGAAUUUUCAAGUUGGAAUUUUGAAGAAAAUCCGAGAUGUCAAAAUCCAGUAUAAGAUUAUUCUGAGAUUUCUGCCCAUUUAAUUUUAUAAAGAAAAAAUUGAAAGCAUAAUUUAUGAGAGAAGAAAUGAGAAAAACUUUAUUGACAUUCGAUCCUUAAGAGUCGAAGAGCUAUUUGAAUGUACAAAUAAUAAAUGCACCUUAGUUGAAGGAUGUAAAUAUGGAGUAAUCUAUUGCGAUGACCUAAAAUAAUCUUAAAGUUUGGUCGACAUUUUUAAUAAGUACUUUUUUGAGAGAAAAAUAUCUUAACCAGAAAUCAUCUUGGUGAAUGAAGAAGGCAAAAAAGUUCUUUAAAUCUCUAAUACCUCAGAAUUUAUUAACCCUCUCUCAACCAACUACGAUACUGAAAAUUAGAUGAAACUUAUACUUCAAUAAGAAAUAGAUAAAGAAAUUUAGGAAAAGAUAGAAAAAUAAGAAAGAUUAGAAAAAUUGGAAAGAUAAGAAAAACAAGAGAGAUUAGAAAAGGAGAGAUUAGAGAAAAUUGAAAAAGAAAAAAAUGAAAAAAUAGAUAGAGAGAAGGAAAGAGAAAAAUAAGAGAAACAACAGAGUGGAAAAAAAAAUUAUCAAGAUAUUAACUUAACUACUGUUGAAUUUAAUAGUGGGAAAGUUCAUGAAAAAUAAGAAAAAUCUAUUGAAAGGAACCAAAAUUCCUAUCACAGUCAUUAUCAUCAUAAUUAUAAUAAUAAAUAUGAGAAUGGAAGCAGAAACAAAGGCAGAAGAUCAAGAUCACAAUCCAGAAAGAGAAGACAUAGUUCAAGUGACAGUUCUAAAAAAUAUCAUGAUAGAAAACAUCGAUAGAAUCGAUAUGAGACAAAAAGAAAAUCGGGAUGGGAAAACAAUAGUAGUAAGGCAAGAAAAUGA